GUCAAUUACCACCAUGUUACCGCAAGAUUGGAAUAAUUUAGUUGAAGAAGUGCACCAGAAAUGCGUCGCUUAUGAUUACAAUGAAGAAGAAGACAGAACACUCAGCGAAUUCAUCAUCAAUCUGGUCCAGCUUGGCAAAACUCCCGACGAAAUCAACGGUGAAUUGAAAGAAUUGGUUGGCUCUGACUAUGAUCUUAAUCUGACGGACUGGAUUUUCGCUCGCAUUGGUGAAAUGGAGAAUCCUCAGACGACAGUGACGCACAGUAAAACGGAAAACCGGAAUCGCAUUUUUGCCCAAGCUAUUGGAGAUGUUAAUAAAGAGAUGGCACCUUCGCGGUUCACCAGCACGAGUCAGCGACGUGCCGUUGAUCGAUCCCGUUCACGAUCGCCGGAGCGAAGGCAACACCGACCGUCCUACCGCGAAGACGACAACAGAGAUGAGCGAAGAGACGUCUUUUCACGUUUAGGAAACAGUCGACGCCAUGAUCGACAACAAGAGGACCCUGAAGUUUCCAUGUCAACCAAUGUGUUUGAUCGCCUUGGUACCACACAACCUGCAGUGAACAGUCCCCACCCACAAGAGCGAUGCAAGUUCUGGCCUUCUUGCGCCAAUGGGGAGCAAUGUCCCUAUUUCCAUCCCAAAACACUAUGCCCUGAUUAUCCCAAUUGUUCCAAAGCAGCCAACGAGUGCAUGUUUAUCCAUCCCGCCGGUGAUCCUGUCAAGCCGACGGCCCCCAUCCAGAAACAAACAAUGUGUAGAUAUGAUCCUUACUGUACCAAGCCUACUUGUCCAUUUCUCCAUUCGACAAAUGUCACUGCGCCCCCCGCUCCACGACCGAUUCAUCGGAUUCCUGUCCCUUGUAUCAACGGAACCGCUUGUGUUCGACCGGGAUGUCAUUUCACACAUCCUAAUGACCCUGUACCAGAGGUGGAUAUUCCUUGUAAAUACGAUGGCGCGUGCACUCGACCUGGGUGUUUCUACAAACAUACGGUUCCUCCGUUCUCCACCCGUGGCGGUAACAAGACAUUGGUUCUCACAGGGCAAGAACCAACAAGCCAGCGGCAAUUUUCCGUUCCUGAAAGCGACAUUGAAGAACGCAUCUUGGUUGGAGAAAGCGCUGAUCUGAUCAUCAAUGACACUACAAAAACCCAGAAUUCGAAACCCGAUACCGAAACGACGGCAAUGAGUGAGGAUGUUUAGGGGAUUUACGCAUUUAAUAAAGUCAUAGACAAAGGGCAUCAUAAUUUUUUUCUCGAC